GACUCUUCCUCACAGAUUGACUCUUCCUCACAGAUUGACUCUUCCUCACAGAUUGACUCUUCCUCACAGAUUGACUCUUCCUGGCAUUUUUCUGCAGAGACCACAAUGGAGGAGUAUGACAACUUCACCCUCUGUGGGAAAGCGGCUGUUACUGAAGCUAAUCUGAGAGAUGAGUACUAUUGGAAGCUUGUUGCAGACUUCAUCGGUGCUCAAUCAGGAGAGGGAUUAGAGCUGGAAACAGAACCAUGCAAGAACAGAGUUUUGAUUCAAGUAGGACUGUUGAGAGAGGACAAUAAUUUCCCCUGGAUUGCCAUCGUAGCGUGGCUCAAGAAAAUUUUCCCGCGCCAUCAGUCGGCUGACUUUCGCCGUUUGAUUGAGAGAGGCGUCGCGGCGACGUUGAGUCUGGGAAGCGAUGCGAGGCUCACCUUCUUGGGCUCUGGCGUCAACUUCAGCUUCGUCGGCCCGAUAUGCGACAGCAUCGGAGUCGAGCGAGAACACCUUUUGGAAAUGAGGGAUUUUUCCGAGCAAGCCCAGUUAAUUGAGGUCACGAAUGGAUUGAUUCUAGAGCUGAGCAACUUUGUCGUCCGGGAAAAAAUUGCGCCGGUCGUAAUAGUUCCUUGGCUUAGAAACUUCAAUCCUGAGUUUUGUAAGAGGGGGAAUAUUCGAGGUGCAUAUUCAGUGCUAAGAGGCAGGAUAAAAAAGUUAAAACACCACUGCUGCAAUUCUGAAACGAGAAGUAACAGGAGGAAUGCGGUGUUGGAAAAUCUCCUCCAAAGUCCAUUCGAACUGGUGCCGAAAAAAACACCUGCAUUUAUCGUAAAGAAACGUAUGAGAAGAGAGCCCGGCAUGAAUCCUGAAAAGGUUACAAUAAAGGAGGAAAACGAGAGCCGUGAAAUCUCGCAAGAAGACGGAUCUGACAUGAACAGAGGAGAGCAUGUUUCCGAAAGUGGCGAAAGUGGCGAAAGUGGCGAAAGUGACGGCGACACGGAUGCAGCCGAGAGUGACGAGGAUACGUACGACAGCGACGAGGCCUCCAGCCUGCUCGACAUCACGAUGCUGUCCGUGGAGAAGCUUCGGCGCAAGUACGGCAAGGAAACUCAAGCAUGCAAGAAACUCUCCUUAGACCUCCUGAAAAAUCAGUACACUCUGACAUGCAAGGAGCACCCGGCCCUGGCCGAGUUCGACAAAACACUCGCCUCCCUGUGUGGAGACAUUUCGCUCGCCUCUCCCGUGGUGUUCAUAAACUACAACGCCCAUUUCCUCGUUGACUUGUAUGAAAGUGUUGAGGAGCAGAUUAUGAGCUUCGAGAGAGAGAUCAUUUUAUCCACGGGAGAGAAGCUCGGCCGGGACAAGCUGCCAAAGUUUCAGAACUUUGUGAACGUUUCAGAGAGUGCAACUUCACGGUUCAUUCACAUGGCUUGUGAUAUCCUGAGCCCUCGCUCGUCUGAUGUGCAAAACUACCGAAAGCACUGGAUCGCUUUCUGCGAGGAGAAGAGGAAUCCAUCCAGGCUCGCGGUGAAUCAAUCAAACAGAAUUAAUAACUACUUCAAAGCUGCAGCGGGUCUUAUUCACCAUCACAAAGAGAUCGCUCUCUUCAUCUCUGAUCUGCUGUCAUUGGACGACGACAAAUGUCAGAAUGUCAUUCUGGAGAGUGUCGCCGCUGACGCCAACGACCCCGUGAUACAGAGCCUCGUGUGCGUCCUGGCCAUCGUGCACUGUAAAAUCCUCGGGCCUUACUGGCAGCUACUGAAAAGCGGGGGGGAAUACUCGCUGUACAGUCAGAACAUGCUCCGUCUUUACCAAAAGUUCCUCGACUGGUCCAAAGAUCCCGCAACUCUGCUGGAACCGGAAGAGGCCACGAAUUGUUUCCUGCAGUUCCCGUUGCAGGAGAAAACCUUCAGUGGCGUGUUUCAUUACUGCGGCCAGUGGCACACAAACAGGGACAUGAUCAGAGCUUUCCUGAAGAGGACAGUGAAGGCGGUCGCUGCCGUCACCGAUGAACACCUGAGGGCUUUCUUGCCAGGGGGAACAUUCGCAGAGGUCACCCCACCAGGUUUGAGCGUACAGCUUGUUAGCUGCACAUUCUCCGUCCUGAUGGCGGAGUAUCCCUUCAGCGGCGAGAGCCCUCACAAGAAGAGGAAACCAGAGGAGGACAUGGAGUGGUCAUCGGGUAGCUCUCAGGAAGACAAUGACGGAUCUGAGUCCUCAGACAACGACGACAAUAAAGCAUCCAGUUUGCAAGUUGUAAAGAAAGUGACGAAAAUAGUAGAAAAGGCAGAAAAAGAACCAAAAGAGGAGGUUGAGGAGAACAUGGACAGGGAUUACAUCAUAGAUACUGCAACCAGAAAUGGAGGGCCGUGCAAGACGCAGCGGGAUGUUGAUAAAUUGAUGCUGCGUUUUGACGGAAAGUCCCGAGCUGAGAAACGUGAAGGAAUCCGCUGCGAGAUUCUUUACCACAAAAUGAUCCUGAACAACCCGGACCCUCGCCUUGAUUGUUUUCAUGAGAACAGCACAAUGAUGGCAAUGAAGCUGAAGAAGGUGCUCCCACGCGUGCAACCGGGAUACUCGCUUGUUUGGGCCCCCAGAAAGACGAAAGCAAAGGCCGUGCCCCAAGACACAACGGUUGCUGCGAUAGAGCCGAGUGAAAGCAGCGUUACGUCAUCGCUAUGAGGGCAUCGAAAAAUUAAGUUAGCAUGUGACUUUAUCAUAUGAUUCUGUCUUUCUAUUCUUUCUAUACAGAAACACACACGAUGACCUCAAUCCUACCACACAAAUACUAGAUUAUGCAAGAUUCUGUUUUUGCCAGAUGUAGCUACCAAGAGAGGAAAUCAUGACUGUAUUCCCUUAAAUGCAUCAUUUUGUAUUAUAUUAAUACUUUUCAAGAAAUGUACAUUUUUGUUGUUGAAGAAUACCCUUUUUUAUUUUAGAUUGUACCUAUUCUGAUCAUGUGACAAUAUUCAUAGCUGACUGUAAGAGUGUGU